UACGCGGUAAGCAACAGGUGUCUUUUUACUGUUGCUUGCAAUCUACGUGAUUCGUGGAUACGUUGUCGGUGUGCAGCAAAAGAGACUUUCACUACAACUCAAAUCCCAAAGUUUCAGUUUCCAAUGAGCAUUCGGUUUUCAAUGAAAUCAAAGCGUAGAAAGUGAAUUACAGCUGCUUUGACACUACGCAAAAAGCCGGGCCAAACGAAAAGUGAAAAUCGGAGAGUCGCCAAAAAGCUCUGUUAGUUGCAUUCGCAUCAGUUGGUGCCAUUAGCAUUAGCAAUAUCUUCGGGCUCGUCCGGCUGCUGAACACGAAGCACUUCGUGUAGCCGCAGAUGCGUCUGUUACUUCAAACAGCAACAGGCGGAUCUGCAGCACCUGGUCUGCAGUCCCAUUCGCAGUCUCAAUAUAAUUACAGCAGCAUGCGUGAGGACGAUAUCGAGUUGGCCAUUAAGGUGGUAAUCGUUGGCAAUGGAGGUGUAGGCAAAUCAUCAAUGAUCCAGCGCUACUGUAAAGGCAUCUUUACGAAGGACUACAAGAAAACGAUUGGUGUUGAUUUUCUAGAACGUCAGAUCGAGAUAGAUGGCGAGGAUGUGCGCAUCAUGCUAUGGGACACAGCCGGGCAGGAGGAGUUUGAUUGCAUAACUAAGGCGUAUUAUCGAGGUGCCCAAGCCUCGGUUCUGGUCUUUUCCACGACGGACCGCGCCUCCUUCGAUGCGAUCAAGGAAUGGAAACGCAAAGUAGAAAACGAAUGCAAUGAAAUACCAACAGUGAUAGUCCAGAACAAAAUCGAUUUGAUCGAGCAGGCUGUGGUGAGUGCGGAUGAAGUUGAAACGCUGGCAAAGAUGCUCAACUGUCGACUGAUACGCACUUCGGUCAAGGAGGACAUCAAUGUGGCUUCUGUGUUUCGCUAUCUGGCCACCAAAUGCCACCAGCUAAUGACGCAGACCUACGACCAAGUAACUAGCGGUAACAAUAGCACUCAGCAGACGUCAACGCAUCCGCCCUACAGCAACGCGCCCACCAUCAGCGCAUUUAGUCCGACCUUCACCAAGUCAAGCAGCGGCACUAUUGUCCUCCGUCCUGCCAAAAAGAGCAGUGGCUCGAGUGCGGCUCGAAAGCGGAAAAUUGUUCUCAAGAAGUGUGGCAUAUUGUGAGGGACACAUGGAAAGGGGCCUAUAUCUUUACAGCUGUAGACAAUUAAUAACUAGAGCAUAUUUAACGCUUAAUUAUUUUAGUGCCCCCACAAAAUCAAGUUGUAACCAUGUGACCAGCCAAGCGUUUGAUGCACAGCCAUUCGCUAGUCGUGCACAGACUCCGCAACAAUCUUAGCUAUUGCAUGAUAUGUGCAGUAGAGCGGAAGCGUGGAUUUAAGAAGCAGAAGAGUGGCAGCGGGAAGGGAAAGAUGUAUAUGAAAAAGUAAAAUAACAACUACACAAAUCAUUCAUUUUAACAAAAACAAUCUAGCGUAAUGAACUUUCUAUACCCUAAAUUGUUUAGCAAUAUUUUUGAUU